AUGACUGAAAUUAUACAACCCCAACAUGAGUUACCUUCAGCUUCAAGCUCCAUUAGUAUACUACCAUGUUUAGUUGCUAGAGAUAAUGAUGGGUCUCACCAAGAGAGUGUAAUUAGUGGACCCAAUGUGUAUUCUGUUGUAGAUGUAUACAGAGGGGGAGAUAAUAGUGAGGUAGAAGUAAGAGGAGUUAGUAUUUCUGGUAGAAAAAGAGAGAGAAAAAGGAGAGAAAGAGAAGAAGGGGGAGAUCAGCUGUCUUUGUUAACACUUUGUUUAACUGGUUUUAGGAAAUCUUUGGUUGCUUGUAAGAGCAAUUUUGAUAUUAUUAGUGGUGUUGGUGUUGAAGAGCUGCUUUCUUCAUCUUGUUCUGGUUUUAGUUCUAGUUCUGCUAAUUCAUCAAUGGAGAUUAGUUGGCCUAGUAAUGUCAGACAUGUUGCUCAUGUCACUUUUGAUAGGUUUAAUGGAUUUCUUGGUCUUCCUGUUGAGUUUGAACCUGAAGUACCUAGAAGACCCCCAAGUGCCAGUACAAGAGUCUUUGGAGUUUCGACAGAUUGCAUGCAGCUUUCAUUUGACUCUCGAGGAAAUAGUGUCCCCACGAUCCUUCUGAUGAUGCAAGGGCGCUUAUACGUCCAAGGUGGCUUGCAGGCUGAAGGGAUCUUCAGGAUCAAUGCCGAAAAUGGCCAAGAAGAAUUUGUCAGGGAGCAGCUAAAUAGGGGAAUUAUCCCAGAUAACAUCGACGUCCAUUGCUUAGCAGGUCUUAUAAAGGCUUGGUUCAGAGAGUUACCAAUGGGAGUUUUGGAUUCUCUCUCGCCAGAGGAAAUUAUGCGUGCUCAAUCGGAAGAAGAGUGUGUGCGGCUCGUGAGACUUCUUCCUCCAACUGAAGCUGCUCUAUUAGAUUGGGCUAUUAACUUGAUGGCUGAUGUUGCUCAACUGGAAAGUUUUAACAAAAUGAAUGCACGUAAUAUCGCUAUGGUGUUUGCUCCAAAUAUGACACAGAUGGCAGAUCCGUUGACUGCUUUGAUGUAUGCAGUUCAAGUUAUGAACUUUCUCAAAACUCUUAUUCUCCGGACUUUGAAAGACCGAGAAGAAACUGUUGUAGAAGCUGGUCCUGCACCAGAACUGGAGCCAUUCGAUGAAAAUGGACAUCAUAGUGCUUCACAACCAAUAGUUCAGAAGUCUAACGAGAUCGAGGAGGAUAUCGUUAUAUCCAAAGAACGACCCUCAAGUGGCGCUGCUAAUUCUACCCUCAGAGAGAUAAUAGUUGAGAAUAAAUCCCAUGGAUUACCAUGUACCGUAGAGAACGUUCUUCAGAAAGAUGCGUUCGUUGAUUGUCUCAGUGAAAUCUCAAACCUACCAGACAGCACAAAGGAUGAUGAGCUUGGAUCUGGUAACAUCAAUUCUACAAGUGGAAGAAGUCAACCAAAAAUCCGAAGGACUAAAAGCGUGCAUUCGAGUAGUUCUAGUCUGAAAGGAUCAAAGAAAAUGAUUGAAUGGCCAAUAGGUCACAUAUCUGGUAGUUUAGAGAAGGGCAAAGGAGUCAGAAUCAUCGAUAGGUUGAAUUCGACAACAGAAAGGGUGGAAGCAUGGCGAUGAACACAUCUCGCCUCAAGGGGCUAUUGCUGCUACCUCAUCAAGAAGUUGAAUGGUUGUGAUUUAUGUUUGGAAAAAAAAGAAGACAAUGUAUUAUCCAGUUAUGUUUGUGCUUGGAUAUUGGUUACUUUCUUAGUAGUUCAACAGGAAUUCUGUCACCUUUCUCUAUAGGCAUGUUUGGCUGGGGAAACUAGCAGGAUGAAUGUAAUUUAUGUGUUUUUUUUUAUUUUUAGAAUGAACAUUGUUGUGGUUUCCAAUUUCAAUAUGAUUUUCUUCAUUUUGACAUAAACAA